GAUUCAAAAGUCCUAACAUAAAAAAUAAUUUAAAAAUACGAAAUGUUUCAUAUUUUCAGAAGCAUAGGAGAAUCAGCCUAUAAAUAGAGGGGCAUCACAAGGUGUAUCCUAGAUAUCACAGAAAGUAUCAUUAAGUCAUAUCUGGGGUACCAAGAAAAAAGAUAUUUUUCUGAACGGGAGCUGCAUGCAUUGCACCUCUGUAAUGCCCUUAAGCUUCAUUUUGAACGACGUUUUUGAACCUCUUCACAAGUCAGUAGAAAACGACGUUUUGAACCUCCUAUUGUGACAUUGUCUUAGAAAAUCUCCAGUAGCUUAGCUCAACCUAUCAGAUACGGGCGUUGACCACGUCAGCGACCAAGCGGGUCCCAACAAACCGGCCAAUUACCACCACCCGUCCGCGGGCCCCUCUUCCUAAUCCGGCAAACACCGAAACGGAACGAACCGAACCAACCAACCAAAACUCCUCCCCACCCCGUCGUUUCGCCCCCGCGCGCGCGCGCGCGCCUCCUCUGCAUGCAAGCGCAGGUAGCUGCGGCGGAGGCGGCGAUCGACGUCGACGGAGAAGACGACGACGACGGCGGCGGCGGUGGUGAUGAGCGGCGGCGGCGCGGCGGCGAAGCGGCGGGUGAUGGUGGUGGCGGACCCGGGGAGGGAGUCUGCGGGCGCGCUGGAGUGGGCGCUCUCCCACGCCGUCCUCGACCACGACGAGCUCCUCCUCCUCCACGUCGACCCCCCUCCCCUGAUUCCUCACACCUCCGCCUCCGCCUUCACCACCUCCUCCUCCUUCUCCUCCUUCCUCCGCCGCGCCCCCCACUCGCCGGGCGGGGCGGACGGCGGGGAGCGGCAGAGCUGCGAGUUCCUGGAGGCGAUGAGGGCGACGUGCGCCGGCAGGCUGCCGCGGGUGCGCGUCUGGGUGCAGCGCGUGCUCGCCGGGUCGGGGUCGACGGAGGAGGGCUGCAGGCUCGACAAGGCCCGCACCAUCCUCGCCCACGCCAACGCCCUCCGCGUCGACCUCCUCGUCAUCGGCCAACGCCGCCGCUCCGCUGCCUCCUCCUCCUUCCUCGGGUGCAGACUGAGUGGAAGCAUGUCAAGCAAAGGGACAGACACUGCAGAAUUCCUGAUAGAGCACAGCAAGUGCCUGUGUGUUGGAGUUCAAAAGAAGGGCCAAAAUGCAGGCUAUCUGCUCAACACCAAGACCCACAAGAACUUCUGGCUUCUUGCUUAGUUGCAGUGCAGUGCAGUGCUGCUUUGCUCCCCUUCAAUAUUCUCACCCCCCCCCUUCUCUCUCUUUCUGCAUCUCACAACUCUUUAUUUGUCUUUGUUAUUAAGAACUGUGUAUGUUAAUAAUUAAUGUUCCUUGCAUGUACUAAACAAUUCAUUGGCCCUUUAAUUUGUUUAAUUGUUGGAUGUAAA